UGUUGUGUGUUGUGUAAAAAUCAAUUAACUGCCUGAGAGAUGAACCCAGCAGUUAGAGCAAACUCCGUUUAUAGUGGCGUGUAUGGGGCCCUGAGGACCCUGCUGCAUCUAACGGCCGCCGUACAGUUCACCUAUGGCAUAUACUAUGAUUAUUCGUAUGUGGAGUUCCCCACAACCGAGCCUGAGAUGAGGAUGCAUCAUCCGUUUGGUGGGAAGUUUAAAUAUCUGACAUUUUUGGAUGCGAUAAUUCAGGCUCUCUACUAUAUCGUUUCGCUCGUCAAUGAUUUUGUGGGCACAAAUGAGCUGGCACCCAAGCGGCCCCCUGCCAUACGCCAGUUCAAGGACUGGCUGAUGGCCACCCUCGCCUUCCCCGUGGCUCUCAAUGUGGGUGUCACCUUUUGGUCGCUGUAUGCCAUCGACCGUGAACUCGUCUUCCCCAAAGUCUUGGACCCCGUUUUUCCCAGCUGGCUGAACCAUAUACUCCACACCAAUAUUGUUGUCUUCAUUGUCCUGGAGCUGUUUACCUCAUAUCGCGCCUAUCCCAAACGCAGCAAGGGCCUCACCGGCCUCACCAUCUUCAUGGGCGCCUACUUGGUGUGGAUUCACAUUGUCAAGCAUUAUUCCGGUGUCUGGGUGUAUCCGGUGUUGGAGGUGCUGCAGCUGCCGCAGCGCAUUGUCUUCUUUGUGGCCGUGAUUGGCUUCACAUUGGCUCUCUACCUGGUCGGCGAGUUCUUGAACAAUACCGUGUGGGCCAAGGAAGUGAAGCUGGCCAAGCGCAAGUCCAACUAGGCUGUUAGGCUGUGCCUCUGCUUGAUGGGCGUUCGACGUUGUGUUGUAGUCACGUUUAAUUAGUAACUAUAUACAAAGAAGUAAUUCGCUUAUACAUAUAUUUUACAUACCUAUUAAAAUGUGAAAAUUAAUGAAGUCUAGAGAAGAAAAAACCAAACAAAACACAAAACUUGCUAAUGAUAUUCUAUUCUUAAUAAGAAUUACAUUCAUUAUUGUAUUUCGAAGCAGACACACAAAUUUUUGAGAUUAAUAGUCGUAGAAGGCCUCCUGCGAGUUCAGUGCAAGACAAGUUCUCUUUUUCUCUUAUCGGUUUUAAAUAGUUGGAUCGUUAAGUGGAAAAUUUGCCUUUUCAAAUUGAAACAAAACCUCAUAUCAAGGCACAUCAAAAAACACUUUGAAUACCUGCGUUAAAUCCUGUAAUUUCAAAAAUAUAAUAUAAUAUAGUACGAGUAUCACAAUAAAGUCGAAAAA